AGAGAGAGAAUGUUUGUAAGUAAGUGGCGCGCACGAGCACAUUCUAGCGUACUGGCAGCUCACCCUCCACAUUGCUGUGUAGGCUACUAACUCAAACUCCGCUAACAAGACACCAUAAACUUCACGUUGUGAAAUUCAGCUGGACGUCGCGUUCCUAAACAUGAGGAACAAACGGAACGUCUGACAGAGACCCUGAGCAGCAGUUUGAAUCAAGGAGAAGAGAGGAGGCGUCCAUAUCCACUCUGCGGAUGAUUUGUUUCCAAUGUGCAUUACUUUCCUCCAUUGCAGAUGUGACGAGUGGAAUGAGCUGUUUUUACACAUUGGUCGUUUCACUACAGCAUGGGAACUGCCGUGUCCAAGAAGAAGAAUUUAAGGAAUGAUGCGAUUUCUUCUGUUGCAGCAAAAGUUAGAGCAGCUCGAGCAUUUGGAGAGUAUCUUUCUCACACACACCCUGAGAACCGCAACGGAGCAGAUCAGUUGUUGUCUGACGCCUUCAUUGGUCAAGAUACAGACUCCCCUGACAUCAACCGACUGAACAACAAUAACAGCCUCCAGCCAUAUUCCCAACACACUCUCAUAGUCAAGCCCAGUCAAGAAGAGGCUCAGCCAGACAGCCAGUCUGCACCCCUUCAAACCAGUUCCAAGCGUCGUCUCUCCGUAGAACGCAGCCUUUCUUCUGAGGACCAGCAGAAUCAAAAGCGUGCGGAAAGCUCUUUGAAGCCAGCACGUGUCUACACCAUCACCAGGGAGCGAGAUAUGCUCAGGGGCCAGGGAAGCGAGGAGAGUUUGGAACUAGAGGUGCUGAAGAGGACCACAGACCCGCCAAGAAGCAAUGCUCCCUCCAAUUUACAUAGCAGCCAUCAUCGAGGAAGCCACCAUCGUGGAAACAACGGCCCCAGCCACCAGCAUCACUAUGGCCAUGCACCUCUGACCCAACCUUUGCAGAGCUCAGGUAGUGCCCAUAACAUCAGGGACUGGGGGUCGAGACGGAGCAGGUCUAGAGAGGACUGCACGCCGGAUUGUGUUGCCUGUAUUCGCCCACACUGCCAGAGCCAGCGCUCUCUGGACCUUGAGACGUCACCUCACAGUGGUGGCAAACAGCACAAGAAGCUGGAGAGAAUGUACAGUGAGGACCGUGUGUCCUCUGAAGAUCGAGAGGAUCACGCGAACAGCUGGUUCCCUAAAGAGAACAUGUUUAGCUUUCAGACUGCGACCACCACCAUGCAAGCGGCGUUUCGUGGAAUUGCAGAGAGAAAAAGGAGGAAAAGAGAGCAAGAGGCCACCGCACUGAUGGAGAGAAACUUCCGGAAACAUUUGAGGAUGGUGGGCAGCAGGAAGGUGAAGACCCAGACAUUUGCUGAUCGCAAAGCGAAGAGUUUCAGCCGCUCCUGGAGUGACCCCACACCCGUCAAGCCUGACUCUCUCCAUGACUCCAGAGACAGUGGAGACCUCCAGGCGUCGUCUGGCAAUCUGGAUGAAGAAGACUGUGAUGAUGUCGACUGGGAGGAAGAGAGAGAGUCAGAAAGAGCAGCCUGCGAGGGCGAUGACUUCAUCCCACCCAAAAUAAUGCUAAUUUCAUCAAAAGUACCAAAGGCCGAGUACGUUCCCGACAUAAUCCGCCGGGACGACCCCUCCAUAAUCCCCAUUCUCUAUGAUCAUGAACAUGCCACCUUCGAUGAUAUACUAGAGGAGAUUGAAAAGAAACUCACCGCCUACAGAAAAGGCUGCAAAAUCUGGAACAUGCUCAUCUUCUGUCAGGGAGGUCCAGGUCAUCUUUACCUACUGAAGAACAAAGUGGCCACAUUUGCUAAAGUAGAGAAGGAGGAGGACAUGAUACAGUUCUGGAAGAGACUUGGCAGAUUCAUGAGUUUAUUAAAUCCUGAGCCCAACCUCAUCCACAUUAUGGGCUGCUAUGUGCUCGGCAAUGCUAAUGGAGAAAAGCUUUUUCAAAACCUCAAGAGAUUGAUGAAACCUCAUGCCAUUGAGUUUAAGUCUCCUCUGGAGCUGUCAGCUCAGGGUAAGGAGAUGAUCGAAAUGUACUUCGACUUCCGCCUCUACCGCUUGUGGAAGAGCCGCCAGCACUCCAAACUUCUCGACUAUGAUGACCUUCUGUGACUUUGUGUCGUUGGUUUAAACAGCCCAAGAGGCAGGUAGCUUACUUUAGAGCCCAGGCGGCAACGUUCCCUCCCGAGAGAGAGAGCCUGGGCGGAAAAGCCCUGAGAUGGAGGAGGAAGAUGAGGUUGAGGAUGAGGAUGGAUGACAUUGAGAAGAUGUUUGAAUUCUCUGCCCUCAGAUGUAACAAGAGGGGAAGCAGCCAUUACUGUUACUGUAGGGGCUGUGUGUUCACCCCAUCUAUUUGAGCUUUCAGCCUGACAGAGAAACAUUCGCUAGAUAUCAGCAGGUCUUACCUUUUAGCCUGUGUGAGGUCUAGAAAAUGAUGUUCAAUUUCUUUGAGAAUUGAGAAAGCUGUGAUAACACGGAAAAAUAAGAACAGAUUUGUUUGUUAGUAUUUUUGAGUAGCUGUUUUUGUGGUGAACUAGCAGGGACAAUGAAACAAGGCCAUUUACUAAACAGUACUAGAGGUUCUAAUGUUAU